AUGGAUUUCUUAGUCAUGCACGGAGCCCACAUUGAUGCCCAGGCAGGUACCGUCCGGUUCUCUAAAUCAGAAUGUAACAGUACUUCGUCUGCCCCCGGUAUAACUCCCCGGGCACCGCUCCAACCGAUCCCCGUACAAGGACCGAACCGCCGAGUGGGUGUUGAUGUCAUUGAACCCUUAACAGUAACCAGAAAAUGUAACCGUUUCAUUGUUGUCAUGGUGGAUUACUUAAAUAAAUGGUGCGAAGCUGUGCCUGUGAAGCAACAAGAUGCCCGUACGAUCACGUCAGUGAUAAUCUCUGAGUGGGUAUCACGCCGGUGCGUGCCAGUCAUUCUCCACUCUGAUCAGGGCCAAGCCUUUGAGAGCCACUUGCUGUGGGAAAUACGUGCAUUCCUGGGGAUCCAUAAAACAAGGACAAUACCCUACCACCCAGAGGGAAACGCUCUGGUUUAA